GAGGCUGACCUUGUGCACCUGUACUGCUGCUGCAGAGCUUUCGGGUUACACUGCAGACAGACACAGAGACAUUGUGGUGUCCUAAAACUGUUCUCAUCAAAAACAGGGCCAAAACAUUCUAAAGUAUCCAUACUGAGGCCUGGAUUGUACUGUGGGUGGACAAUGGUGCAAUAUUUUGCGUUCUACUUAUAAGGAACCUUAGAAGAGAGGCAACAUGACCAAACAGAGAUAUGGUCGCUAUAGCAACAUGGAGGAGGAUGAGUAUCAUGUCCCUGAUAACCAUGAAGAAGAGUUCUUGGUGCACAUCCUUCCUGCCAGAGCCUCCGAGUCAGACAGAGACUAUGCAGAUAGGGACAUUUCCAGAUCCUCCUAUGCUCAGAGUAUCAGCUCCACUUCAUGUGGCAGCCCUAUCAUACCCCCACGGCAUCCCAAAAGAGGCCUCCCUUGUACUUCUCCAGGAAAUACCGGACCUUCUGUCAACCGCCAACUGAAGCCCAGAAAACCAAGGAGGACCCAGUUAGAUGACAGAGCACAAGUCAUGGAGCCUACAGAACAGAACAUGCUACUCCCACCAAGGUCCCCACCAUCCUUACCUAAGGACCUAAUGAACAAGCUGUCUGGGCUGAACCUCCAGAGGCCCUGCAGGAGAGACAGACAGAGAAGACAAGAAAAUGUGGAAUGCAAUACACCCUCAAAUAGUAAUUGUUUAAGGAGAGAGCAAACUAUCCAAAGACAUUCACUGGACCUUGAAUCUCAACUCAACACAGACAUAAGGUUACAACAAAGGCACCAUAUCCCAGAAGAGUCCUCAGUGAAGCGCCAACAACACCAUGAGUGGCCUCAAACCAAAGAUGACGUGGAGCAGCAUGACUUUGUCCCCAAGGAAAGACCGUGUCAGACAUACAAUGAACAAGACUGGUACAUAGGAGCUUGUGAUCGAGCAGAGGCUGAACAUGCCUUACACCUGGUGAAUAAGAUGAAGAGGAGGAAGACCGUGACAGAAUCACCCACCAACCAAGGACCAAGCGGCGUGGUAAAGGACAGCAACGACAGCAGCGGCAGCAGCAACAACAGCGGCCAGCAUCACAGGACUCCUGGACAUGGGAGGAGAUAUUGAACGGAGAGGGACACCCUGGGCACAGGCUGGGGAAUAUCGCCGCCCCAAAGCAGAGCUGGAGGCAGCGAAAGCUGAGCGGCGGCGAUAUGAGGAGGCCGCACGGCAGCGCGACAGGUACGAGAGGCAUCCCCCCAAAAAAAUGGGAGGGGGGGGGCACAUGAUGUGUGGGGCUAAGCCAGGUAGCAGACCUGAGCUCACUCCUCGUGCUUAUUAUAAGCAGCGCGUUACUGGUCAGGCACCGUGUUAUGCGGUUAAGCUCACGGUGUCGCCAGUACGUGCCCAUAGCCUGGUGCGCUAUAGGGCAGCCCCCCCGAGAGUAUCAUGCGAGUGUGGGCAUCCAGCCAGGGCGUAUGGUGCCUGCUCAGCGUGUCUGGUCGCCGGUACGCCGUUUCGGGCCAGGGUAUCCUGGCCGGCUCUGCGUGCUGUGUCUCCGGGGCGCUGGGAGGGUGCAGUGCGUCCUAUGCCUGCGCUCCGCUCGUGCCGGGCAAAUGUGGGAGUGGAGCUUAAGGGAGAGGUGUGUGUAGUAGGCACUAGAUCUCCCGUGCUUACCCACAGCCCGGUUCAACCUGUGCCUGCACUCUGGAGGGUCCGGGCUAGAGUAGUGAUCCAGCCUGGGGGAGUGGUGGCAAGGCUGCGCACCAGAGCUCCAGUGCUCCCGUACAGCCCGGUCCUUCAGGUGCCUCCUCCUAACACCAGGCCUCCUGGAGGUCUCCCCAGCCUGGUGGGUCCUGUGGCAGCCCCACGCACCAGGCUGUUUCUCUGUCUCCUCCCUACAAGUGGUCCUAUCUGUCCGGCGCUGCCGGAGUCUCCCGCCUGUCCGGCGCUGCCAGAGUCUGAGGCGCCAGAGCCCCUCAGCCCAGAGCCCCUCAGCCCAGAGCCCCUCAGCCCAGGGCCCCUCAGCCCAGAGGCGCCAGAGCCCCUCAGCCCAGAGGCGCCAGAGCCCCUCUGUCCCGAGCUUCCGCCCCUCUGUCCCGAGCUUCCGCCCCUCUGUCCAGUGGGGUCAUUUAGAAGGGUUGCCAUGGUUAGGAAGCCACGGAGGCGGACAAUGAGGCGGACUAAGACGAUGGUGAAGUGGGGUCCACGUCCCGCGCCAGAUCCGCCACCGCGGACAGACGCCCACCCAGACCCUCCCCUAUAGGUUAAGGUUUUGCGGCCGGAGUCCGCACCUUUGGGGAGGGGUACUGUCACGUUCUGACCUUUAUUUCCUUUGUUUUGUAUUUAUUGAGUCGUUAUUGGUUUAUUGUUUUUGUAUGCAGUGUUCAGUACUUUCUUUAAUUAAAUAUUCACUAUGAACACAUACCACGCCGCAUUUUGGUCCUCUGAUCCUUCUCGCCUCUCCUCUUCAGAUGAAGAGGAGGAAGACCGUGACAGCAGAUGGGUCUUCCAAAUGGACAAUGACCCCAAGCAUACUUCCAAAGUUGUGGGAAAAUGGUUUAAAGCCCUGGCCUCAAUCCUAUAGAAUAUUUGUGAGCAAGGAGGCCUACAAACCUGAGUCAGUUACACCAGUUCUGUCAGGAGGAAUGGGCCAAAAUUCACCCAACUUAUUGUGGGAAGCUAGUGGAAGGCUACCUGAAACAUUUGACCCAAAUUAAACGAUUUAAAGGCAAUGCUACCAAAUACUAAUUGAGUGUAUGUAAACUUCUGAUCCACUGGGAAUGUGAUGAAAUAAAUAAAAGCUGAAAUAAAUCAUUCUCUCUACUAUUAUUCUGACAUUUCACAUUCUUAAAAUAAAGUGGUGAUCCUAACUAACCUAAGACAGGGAAUUUCUACUAGGAUUAAAUAUCAGGAACUGUGAAAAACUUUAAAUGUAUUUGGCUAAGGUGUAUGUAAACUUCUGACUUCAACUGUAGGUCUUUCACUAUAUCAGUCGUUUUGAGUGCAGUUUGUGGGUGAUAAAAUGGAAAUUCUGUCUCUGGUUGGAUUCAAAUACGAAAAAGUAAAUCACUUCAUAAAUCAGUGUAUUGUGACUUGCAGGUCUGAUCUGGCCCAUGAGACAGGAUUUUCAGACCACAAUGUCGAGGAUAACUAGGCCAUAAUGUCGAGGAUAACUAGGCCAUAACUAAAGGCCUUAUGAAAUGUAUAAAGUGGUCAAAAAGGGGUUCACCUUUAAUUGAUAAAACAGUAAAGUCAGUAAACAUUUCAGUACUGGAAGUUCUUGAACACAUCAACCUUAACUAUGCCACUAACAAACACAGUCAUGGGUGGGUAUCACUCAUAUUCACUUUAAAGGCAUACUGGGAAAUAUACAUAUGCGGUUUUACACGAACCCUACUGCCACGUUCUGACCUUAAUUUCCUUUGUUUUGUCUUUAUUUAGUAUGGUCAGGGCGUGAGUUGGGGUGUGCAGUCUAUGUGUGUUUUUCUAUGUUGGGGUUUUGAGUUCAGCCUAGUAUGGUUCUCAAUCAGAGGCAGGUGUCAUUAGUUGCCUCUGAUAGAGAAUCAUACUUAGGUAGCCUGGGUUUCACUUUUGGUUUGUGGGUGUUUGUUUCCGUGUGAGUGUUUGUUGCCACAGUACUGUUUCGGUUUUUUUUAUGGACACUUACCACGCUGCGCAUUGGUCCUCCGAUCCUUCUCGCUACUCCUCCUCAGAAGAGGAGGAAGAAUGCCGUUACACCUACAGUGUUAAAAUAAUGUGUUCAAUUGUUUAAAAAGUGUUUUAGCAAAUAAAUAUGUUCUGGUGUUUACAAUCUAAACACUGUGCAUUUUUUAUUGAAAAUAUAAAUACCUUUAUACCGUUUUUAGUUGUGUUCAGUUAUGUAAACACCUGGAUUUACAGUGUUCAACUGUUGUUAAUCACAGGUUUCCUGAUUUCUAGUUUCUAGUGAGAUUUUUAUUGUUUUGGUAUGUGUGUGUGAUAGGUCUUUAAAUCAAAUACUGUGUUUUUUAAUGACUUUGAAAUCACAAAACAUUCCCACCAGCUCUCUUAAACUUGCUAACAUUAGCCUGUGAGAAAGUAGAGUGUUAAGGGCCUAGGAAGGUAAGCACUUUGAGAUGUCUUUCUGUUAUGAAAAGCAGCCAUAGAAGUUUCAGAGAUUUCAGGGUAGCGCACGACAACAAUGUGCUUAUUUUUGCAGUUUAUUUUUCUUUCAUCAGGUGAAGGAAUCCAUUUUACAUUAUGUUUCUACAGUGAAACCUUAAUUAUUACAUUGUAAAGAUACAUUUUUACUUCAGCUAUUUGUAACAUGCAAUAAAGUCUCUUAGAAGCAGUGAAUACAGGGAUAAGGUAUUUGGUACCUCAUUUCAAGUGUGGCCCUCCUGGCCUUGGCCAACAGAUCCUUGACAUUGUCAGCUAAAUUGAACCAUGUUAAUCAGUUUUCGAGAAGUCAAAAACGGUGUAUUUUAUGUCAAGCUGUGAUGGUUAUAUAGCCUGUAAUACAAAGUUGCAAAAUAAAAGCCUGGAAACAUA